UCUUGGGAAAUUUAAGCAUGGUGGCCAGCUUGCAGUUUUUAGUUGCUGUCGUCGGGUUGGUAGUGCCGAGGGUGUUGGCGGGGGUGGUUGUAGGGCACAGGGAGCAGCCUGAUUAUUAUCACCACCCCAAAUACGCCUUCAAGUACGGCGUCUCCGACCCACAUACCGGCGACGUGAAGCACCAGCAGGAGAUCAGAGACGGCGAAGUGGUCAAAGGCCAGUACUCCCUCGUGGAACCAGAUGGCUCCAUCCGCACAGUGGACUACGUUGCCGACCCGGUGAACGGCUUCAACGCCGUCGUCUCCAAGAGCGGCCCCUCCAUCCACCUUCCGCCUGUCAAGCACCUCGAGCACGCCGCUCCCGCUAUCGUCAAGCAGGUGGCGCCAGUGGUGAAGCGCGUCUACAAGCCAGUGUACGUCAAGCCGGUCCUGCAUAAGGCGUACGUGGCGCCGCCGCUCGUCAAAGCCGUGUACGGCUCCUCCAUAGGUUCGGCGUACAAAGGCCCCUACUACGGCGACUACGACACCUACGGCUACGCCAACUACGACCUGGACGCCUUCUACGACCUCCACGACCACCACUACUAACCACCCCAGCUGAAAAAACCCUAUUUUUGUACAGCCACUGUAUUACCGAAACUAACAAUAAUAAAAAAACAAGGCCAGUU